UCUUAGUAAAAAAAAAAAAAAAAAGCCCUAUGUGUGCCCCUUUAAAUCCUCGGCAGCCUAUACUGUCCAUAGCGCAGGCUCUGAAUAAUUCCCCUCACAAUAUGGCGUAUCAUUGAUCAGAACCAUUACUUACUUUUUUUUUUCCAGAGGAUGCUCAUUGUGCACGAUUAGCCCUAGCAACAGUUACCAUGCUGCUGACACUGAGGUUAUCCAGAAUGUUAAAAUUAUUUUUCCUUUGAACUCUGUGUCAUGAGGCCCUUCAGAGAAUGAUUUAUGAUGUCACAGAGUCCAUGACAUCACCAAGUCAUCAUUACAUAUAAUACAAUUCUAGCACAGAACUCAUUUGCAAAUAUUUUUUGUGAGUGACAGACGUGUCUGUAGUUAGCAAGUUCGAAAUGGAGACGAAGCCUAAGAAGUGGUUGUCCUUUAGGGAAAUAUGCACAAAUCAAUUCCAAAAGAUUUGUCCCACAAGGAAUCCUGAUUAUUUGAAGAGGGACUUUCUCAGUGACCUUCUGUGGCAGGUGAUUGAGAAAGUUGCAGAUCAACCAACCCUGCCCCUCGUCAGAGAAACCUUUGAGAACGCCCAGAGUAAGCUCUUAUGCCAAAUCAUGGCAGAAACUGGGAAGUUAGAUCUGGACAUCCUGUCAGGAAUGUCAGAAGAGCUAAGUGAAAGAAUCUUUCAGAGCAUCGCCAGUGAUUCCUUCCACCUCGCCAGCGAAUUGCAUUUGUUUGCACUCCUUGUCUUUCCAGAGUCAUAUCCAAGGAUAGUAGAAGAAUUCAAGUAUCACCUAGAGAAUCCCGUUCCUCAAGAACCCACCAACAUGAAGAAAUUUUUACCAUUUGUAAUAACAAAGCUCAAAGACACUUUUUUUGAUGCAGAAAGCUUGUAUGCAGAAGAAAACUGCCUGAGUAAGGAUUGUUUGAAGUCCACUUAUCCUACAGGGAUACGAUUGGUGGAAAACGACACAGAGAUGGGAAUGAGACAUGGAACAGAUGAACAGAGAAAAAUGAUAAAUCUAGUUCUUUGGAAACUGAUUCGUAAGGCUAGUUACAGAUCUACCACAAAUUAUAGACGGAAGGACAUUAUCUCCGUCUAUGAGAGGCUUUCUGGAGUUCUGUGGGAAGAACUGAAGGAUCUAGAUUUUAUCAUUUUCCCAGAUAUGGACAGAAAAAUUGGCUCAGACAUCUUCCAACUUCUAAGUGGAAACGAGGAUGUGGUAAGAGAUAAGCUUUUCCAUCUCAUGAAAAUGAGCCACCCAAUUGUUGACUACAAGCUUGUAGCUUGCUUCAAAAGAACUCUGGCACAUCCCAGAAAAGUUCAUCUCCCAAAAAACUAUCUGAGAAGUGCUCUGAAAAGCACCUGUAAAGAUGUCAAUUCUGUUAUGUUCUAUCAUAAACAAGUUCAUCCAAGCAUGGGAAGCCCAACCAACUGUGAAAGCAAGGACAAAGGUGAAGCCACAGAUGUGGUCCCUUGUGAUCUUCUUUUGAAAGAUCUUGAAUCACUCAAUCUUGAAAACCAGAACACAACUGAAUCUCCUAAUGUAUCCCGACCUUGCUUCGUCAAUGAGUGAGUGUCAUCCGAUUUUCAUACAGGUGCGUCCAUAUAAGUCUGUUUUGGAAGAUCCCGCACAAGAAACCCCCGAAAGUCAACAGAACACAAAACAAGAUGCUACAAAUGUGAACCUUGGUGAUCCUGCUUCGGAAGACCUUGAAUCAGUCAACUCUGAAGGCCAGGACAUAAAUGAAGACUUUAUGUAUGUGAAUGAAGGUGAUAUUGUCUUGGAAGACCUUGAAUCACUCGAUUCUGAAGGCCGGUACAAAUAUGAAAACCCUUUAUAUGUGAACGAAGGUGAUCUUGUUUUGGAAGAUCUGGAAUGAUGAGGAAACAUACCAUCCUAAUCCUCUCAAUGUUUAAUGAUUUUAACAAUAAUGUCCCUGCUAGCAAGGGAUGUUGUCUGAACGCUCGUUGCUAACAGGGACCAAAAUUACGAACAUGAGUUCAGUUGAUUAAUCUAAAUUCUUCUUGCAAGAAU